CCCCGCGCCCCCUCCACAUCGUGAGAGCACUGCGACGUCACGCAAGGAGGGCUGACAGCGUGGCCCAGCGCUCGACAGAGAUCGAAGACGAAACUCGACGACGAACGCGCCACCAUGAGCCGCUCCUACAAUGACGAGAUCGCCUUCCUCGAGAAGAUCGACAAGAACAGCUGGCGCAUCAAGAAAGGAUUCGUGCCCAACAUGCAGGUCGAAGGGAAGUUCUUUGUUAACGACCAGCUGGAGAAGCUCAUGUUUGAGGAGCUCAGAAAUGCCUGCAGAGGAGGAGGAAUUGGUGGAUUUCUGCCAGCUAUGAAGCAGAUCGGCAAUGUGGCUGCAUUGCCCGGCAUUAUACAUAAAUCCAUUGGCUUGCCGGAUGUUCAUUCUGGCUAUGGCUUUGCCAUUGGUAACAUGGCUGCCUUCGACAUGGAAGACCCCACCUCUGUGGUGUCGCCAGGCGGCGUGGGCUUUGACAUCAACUGCGGUGUGCGGCUGUUGCGCACGAACCUGGAGGAGAGCGACGUGCAGCCUGUGAAGGAGCAGCUGGCGCAGGCGCUGUUCGAUCACAUCCCCGUCGGGGUCGGUUCCAAGGGAGUCAUCCCCAUGGGUGCCAAGGACUUGGAGGAGGCUCUGGAGAUGGGAGUGGACUGGUCUCUGCGCGAAGGCUAUGCCUGGGCAGAGGACAAAGAACACUGCGAGGAGUAUGGCAGGAUGCUGCAGGCUGACCCCAACAAGGUCUCCUCUAAGGCCAAGAAGAGGGGGCUACCACAGCUGGGCACACUGGGUGCUGGGAACCACUACGCUGAGAUUCAGGUGGUGGAUGAAAUCUUUGACCAGCACGCCGCACGCAAGAUGGGCAUCGACCACACCGGGCAGAUCUGCGUCAUGAUCCAUAGCGGCAGUCGGGGGCUUGGUCACCAGGUGGCCACAGAUGCGCUGGUGGCGAUGGAGAAGGCAAUGAAGCGAGAUAAGAUCAUCGUGAACGACCGGCAGCUUGCCUGCGCUCGCAUCAAGUCGCAGGAGGGGCAGGACUACUUAAAAGCCAUGGCCGCUGCCGGAAACUACGCCUGGGUCAACCGCUCCUCCAUGACUUUCCUCACCCGUCAGGCUUUUGCAAAGGUUUUCAACACGACGCCCGACGACCUGGACAUGCACGUGAUCUACGACGUCUCGCACAACAUCGCUAAGGUGGAGGAGCACAUCGUGGAUGGGAAGAUUCGAACGCUGCUCAUUCAUCGCAAGGGAUCGACACGAGCUUUCCCCCCACACCACCCGCUCAUCCCCGUCGACUACCAGCUGAUCGGGCAGCCGGUGCUCAUCGGCGGCACCAUGGGCACCUGCAGCUACGUGUUGACGGGCACGGAGGAGGGCAUGAGGCAGACUUUCGGUACCACGUGCCACGGAGCGGGGAGGGCCCUGUCUCGCGCCAAGUCUCGCCGCAACUUGGACUACCAGGAUGUGCUCAACAAACUUGCCGACCUAGGCAUCGCGAUCCGGGUCGCCUCGCCCAAGCUUGUCAUGGAGGAGGCGCCAGAGUCGUACAAGAACGUGACGGAUGUGGUGGACACGUGCCACUCGGCUGGCAUCAGCAAGAAGGCCAUCAAGCUGCGACCCAUUGCCGUCAUUAAGGGCUGAUGAGGCCCAGCACCCCGUCUCCCCAUUCUCGUCCACAUGCACGCACACACACACGCACGCACACACGCGCGCACACGCAAGAUCGUGCGCGCAUGCAUGGGCAGGUCCUGCCUUUGGUAGCCUCGGCAUAAUGAGGAAUGCCUUGGAGCCAUUAAAACAUAUCUAUUAACAGUAAAGAGAAAGCAGUCUUUUGAGUCUGAGUCUUCACGGUGGUGGGGGGGGGGGUUGGAGUUUUCGCAAGAGCCUUGCGUGCGCACAGCGCGACGUUUACAGCAAUUAUGGGAGCAUUUAAAUGCAGAUUUUUAUUUGAUUUCAGGUGAGAACUUAAAAUACCAGGAUAGUCUAAGUUGCAAGAGUGACCUGGAAGUGUAGUCUGUUAAUUUACAUUUUACGUAUUUUUAAUUUGAGGGCUUAAUAUUGCGAAAAUUCUCGUUCAUAAAGCCACUAUCUCGAAACAUUUUCCGCUUCUGCUUUCUUCCGUGGUGGCCAAUUUUCACGCUCAAUCCUGGGUGUCAAUUGAUCCGUGCAUUAGGGGAUAUGGCACAAUGCACAUAGCUAAUUCAUAGAUGUGAAAAGCAAAGACUGUCUUGAGUGGUUGUGCGAGGUGUGGCGUUGCCAACGAGCGUUCUAGCAGGAGUCAUGUUUAUUUAUCAGCAUCUGUGAAAAGAAAGUGGCUCUCAACACAAAUGCUACUGCAGAGACACUUGUAGUUGUGAUUUAUUUUCAUAUAUAGGUAAGCCAGGUCUGCAGAAUGUACACUACUGGGAAAAUUAUCCAUUCUUCAUUGUUCUGAGUGGUUUGAAUAAAAUUGCACUUAAAAUUCAAUUAUUGCAACAUUACGCCUGCUAUUAAUCAUUUUUUCACAUCUCCAUUUACAGUAAAUUCAACCCAAGUGGGUCUGUCGUAUGGAAAUAGCAACAUUUACAAAAGGGUAGAUCAGUUUAGAUGGCCCGUCAAGUACAUCAUCGGAUGCGGAUUUAACUUUCGUCUUCACCAAUGAUAAGCGAGUACAAUGGGCGACUGUUGACGAUGUGUUCCAUUGUGUGAAGUUCGUCUGCACAGCUGCAGUUGCGGAUCGUCCUGUAAUCAUUGCCAAUCGUGCAUCGGACAUGGUUCACAUGGCCCUGGUCUCGUUUAUGAUCGCCCACUGCCGCCAGGAUGAAGCAAAGCGAAGAGGUUCGGCCAUAGGAUCUUCAAAUAGGCUCUUAUGUUUGACGUCUGCGCCGCCCCCAAAUGGGUGAGGUCUGUGUAUUUGCUAGUACCAUCACGUUUCUACGUGUUGCAGUGUGUAAAGGUAUGCGUUUGCAUCAUACAUCAAUUGCAUUCGGGGCUAAUGGAAAGGUUUGUUAAAAUUGCAAAACAAGAUGUCGUUUUGUGGGUUGCUUGGGGUGUUUUUUUAACUUAAAGAGUAAAGUAGAGAAACAGUAACCUUGUUUUAAACGACAAAAUGGAUAUAUAAUGUCAUAAAACGCAACAACAAUGUUUAAACGAAGAUUUUCAAUCGGUGUAUUCUGCCGUAUGGGACACGUGGGUAUAUGCACACGUCUGUCUCCAUAUAGCUCUGCAAUUUAUAGAUUUAUGACGGAGACCGUCUGCUUAUUUAUUUUACUUAUAUCUGCCACGACUACCCGAUGUUUUAUUUUGUGGAAAUAUAUGGAUCGGAAGCAAUCAAUUUGAAAAAUAACUUGAAAUGUGCAAGGAAGCGAGGGGCUGAAGCGUGCUUGCAUAUACACUUCGACAGAAACGGGAGCACAUUUAUCAGGUAACAAACUAAAAUAAGGCUUGCUCGUAUUGACUUGAGAAAUGUGGACUUGGGGGAUGGACACAUCGCCAGGAGGGCUGCUAGCCAAUUGACGAGACUGGUGAUGGAAUGACAACCAAA